AUGAGAACAGAGAUGAAAGAGGGAGAAAAAGAGAGAAAGAUUAUGGAGAUAAAUACAGAAGAAGGAGAAGAAGUAACCUGCACAAAGGGAACGGGUAGCAACAAAAUGAAUGACGGAGCUAAAGGAUCAAACAACACACACCAAGAGAAGAGAAUACAGUUUCAACAAUACAAAGAUAAAUCCCAAUCUUCAUCAAAGCACGAGAGAGAUGUAGAUAUAAGAAGAAGGAAAGAUCCUAAGAUAGAAAAAAAGAAGGUUGACCAUGCAUUAAAUCCAACAGCUCUAGAAAAUCGGAAAAGGAAAAGAUCAUCAUCACCUGACCAUGAAAGAAAGCUAACACCCAAGGAAAACAGGAAAAAAGGAAGAUCAGUUACACCGGAGAAGAAAGAUGUGAAAUUUAAAGAAACAAAUCAUAAAACUAAAGGGAAGAAACCAAAUUACCAUAUAUUCUGCAUUUGUGGAAUCCAAACCUACAAACAUGGAAUGUUAAAAUGCACAGAAUGUAGGAGAUACUCACAUGCUGAAUGCUACAAGACAGACGAUCUUUCUGUUGAGCAUAUUUGCGGGGGGUGUGCAGUACGAGAAAAUAAACCUUCAACAACAUUUUGGUAAAGUAGAUCUAGACGAAGAUUGGUAUAUAAGGAAUAUACUUGAUUUCAUUAAACAAGCUGAAAUAAACCUGCCAAACGAAUUAUC